GUCUGUAUCGAAGAGAACAUCAAAGAUGGAGGGACCUGGAAACAACACAAAUCCAGCCAAGGCCCAUAGCCUAUUAGUGAUGUUGUUGAUGGCUAGAACUAGCUGUCAUCUAAGCCGAAAGAACGCACCGCACCGAUGGACCCAACAAGCGACCAAAACCAUUUAAAAUGGUUUAAGUGUCUUUUCUCCCCUCCUCGCUAGGCUACCCAAGUUACUGUCACUUCAACAUAGUGAAUGACAGUUGACGCUGACUAAAAUCAAGAUCUAUCUUGGUUGUCCCCCGAGUUUCCUGCAGGAUUAAGUAGGCUGGCUGAUUGACCUGGUCGAGGGGUAGCAAGCAAAUCACUCGAGAACAUAAUGGGCAGUUGGAAGACAUGUACAGUCCAAAAGAACAAGAGGAGGAACCGGACCACUCCUUCUUUGACAGUGACCCUGAAGAUGAACCAAGUCAAGACUGUGACAGCAAAAUACAAGAUCACCAAGACAGUUUGGGCAAUGGUGUGGUUUCUCAUGGUCAUAGGUCCCCGGCUGAGCUCUCGGACUCAAAUAGCAUAAAACAGAAUCAUGGAGGGCAAAAUCGGAUGGAUGAUACUCCUCAGGUGGAGGGUGCAUCUAUUGACCUGAAGGAGAUCAAAAAGGCUGUAUCAGAAGUAAAGGAUGGCAGUGCAGAGAACAAGAGAAGGGGUUCACCUGACCUAGACAGCAACGACCAAACUGAGAAGGGGGAAUGUACAGUAGCUGAGAGCCAUGAGAAUAGUGAAAGUAGUGAACCGUUGGGGGCUAAUUUAGUGUCAAGAGUAUCAGAUGAGAUGCAGGUGAAUGAUGCCAGUGAGGGAAACAAGAUCAAAAUAACUAAUUUAGACUUUAACAAUGGUGUAAAGUCUCAAACUAAUUUGAAGUCUAACGUAGAUGAGGAAGAUGAUUCCAGCAUUAAUUUGGAGGACAGUAGCCGUGAGCGGAGUCUGAGUAGAUUAUCUGGGAGCAUUGGUGGUGAAUACCCCAUGGAGUCUCCAUUUCCCUGUGGCCAGGAAGGCAACUUAUCGGAAACAGAGGUCUCCGAGUCUGAGGACACCGUGACUGAUGUCACGCCGCUCUCCACCCCUGACAUGAGCCCUGCCCAGUCUUUUGACUUGCCUAGUUUUGGUUUGGAAGCCAAACAGCCAACCACAAAAGAGGGAGCAUCACCACCACCUGAGACAGCAGCAUCAUGCCCUAAUAAGGAGGCAAAGCAACACAAUGUCAACAUUACUCUCUCACCAAGGGACAAUUACCAUCAUGAAGGCCACUGUCGGGUGAGGUCAGCCCGUGAGCAAAGGUCUGUUGGCACAGGCAGUGCACAGAGUGAUGCACCCAGCAGCCAACAGCGGCGCAACUACACCUUCCGGGAUGAUGAGGUGCGCCGCAUCGAUCGUGAGAAUCAGCGACUGUUGCGGGAGCUAUCGCGGCCUUCCUCUCGUCCACGGUCUGCAAACACCAAUACCAACGCGGCCUAUUCCAUGUCCAGCAGCACCUCGCGCCUCAUACCUCAAACCCAGCGCCUGUAUCACAGUGCUACCAACAGACAGCGCGAUCAGAAACGCAUCGAAAGAGAGAAUCUGGUACUCCUGAAGAAGAUUGAGUCUGUGAAACCUAGCAUAUCUCGAGCAGAGCAGCUGGCAGACUACCAGCGCCAAUGCAGAUACCGGUGUUCUUCCCCCAUGCAGGAGCACUACCGUCCUAGGUUAGACACGUCUCUGUCAAGAAGCUCACAAGGAAGAAGCUCCAGGCCUUGCAGUGCAGGUUCCCGCCCUAGCACCGGGACCGGGUCGCGACUUUCUCCAUCUCCAACCAAACCUAGCCGGGGUGCCUUCCCUCGUCCUGCGUGGACCUAAGAACUUUCACUGAUAUAAAUACGUAUGCCUUCAUAGAUCAGCAUUUGCUCAGAGAUUUGCAAGAAGAGGUGCACUUCUCAUCAGAGUUUUUGUCACUUUCCUCAUGGUUUAUGUUGCUCAUUACCCCACUUGACCCACUUUGACUAUUUCUCUAGUUGUCUGAAAGAUGCGUACUGUAGUUGUUCACAUCAGUAUAGUAAGGCUGAGUUUGCCUUACAGCAUGAGAACCACCAACAUCUACAUUGUCCAGAUUUUAGCUGUGAAAUUUCUGGGUAAUUUCAGUGAGACCAAUCCUCUGUAAUUUAAUCUGUUUGCUCAAGUGACUAAAAGUAACUAAGAGUAAAUUAAAAUUACCUUUUUUUGUACAGCUCCAUUGUUGAUGCCCAUAUGCUAUUUUUAUACAGUAGCUGUGUUGCUUAAUGUGAAAAGUUUGCUUAGCCUAUAUUUUUGUUUUGUUGAAAAAACGUAUAUGUGUAAAUGUAUAUUUAUGUAGAUUAUGUUGGUAAUAAUGACCAACAGAUCAAUGAUCAUGUGUGGAAAUGGAAAUUUGUUGCCCCUUAUUGUUAUUGCGUUGCUUUUCGACUUCAUCCAAUAAAGCUUCAUAAAGUCGAUACAAAGAUUGUCUAAUGACUUGGGUCUAUCUUCUGCCAUCUUUAUGCCACUGUGUCUAUCAGUUGUUAUUAAUAAUGAGGCUUUUUUUUUUAACCCUCUGCUGGGUGGAUUGGCCAUAAGGCAUACAGAGCAUUUGCCCGGUGGCCUGUUGAAGGUUUUGGCCUGGGCCUCCCCUCAAUAUUGCGAUAUCAGUCCUCACUGCACUACAUCUGACCUCUCGGAGUCAGAUUUGAAUAUUCAUUUUGGCUGUUGUGGUCAAAAUAGCUCGUAAUAGAUGAGAAAAACUGUUAUCGUGGUUUCAUUAUCUCUGUCGAGGCCUGUUGGACCGCUCUUGGCUGAAAAUGCCCGGCCUGUUUUUUUGUCCCAGUCCAGCCCUGCUGCUGGCACAGGUUCUUGUCACCACUAGUCACAGACACUUGAGGCGAUGUCAUCCUGUGUCACUUUUGUGCAAACAGAGCUGUUCAACCUAUUGAUAAUGAGUAAUAUUUAUAAUCAGAUUAAAAGACAGAUUCACCUUUCCUUUCAUACAAAGGGCUUGUGGGCUAGCCAUGAACAAAAAUCAAAGUGACAUUGUAUUGUGUUUUUGUUUAGGUUUAUUCUUAUUAAAAGAACAUCAAUCAGGUGGAAUACACCACAACAAAAAUACUCGGCCUUCAAUUCAGUGAGUGGGUGUGAGGAGGGAACAUUGCUUUUGGGACAAAAUAACCAAGAAUUAGGCCUAUUCUGUACAUCCUUUGUUAGAACACGGAUCUGCGGCAACAUGGGGGAAUAAUGUAAAUUAAGGUUCUAGUCAGAACAUGUUACGUCUUGACACUGAAAGUUCGACGGUGCUUUUUACAGUCGGCUGGCAGGUAGGAUAUAUACAUGACGGUUACAGCACAGACGUGACACUCAUAGCCGCGGCAAAUGACUCAAAAGAACGUGGCCGGCUCAACAAAA